AUGGCAACAGCUUACGAGAAAGAGAUUGUCGAGGCCAACAAGAAGUAUGCAAGUACUUACAAGCAUGGAGGGCUCGAACUCAAGCCAAAGAAAAAGGCCGUCGUUAUCACCUGCAUGGACUGUCGCCUGAACCCCGCCGAAGCCUACGGCCUGGAUUACGGCGACACAAUCACGCUUCGCAACGGCGGCGCAAUGCCCGAAGACGCCUACCGCUCCGCCGUGAUUAGCUGCAUCGUCCUCGGCGCCGAAGAGGUCUUCCUCGUCAAGCACACCAGAUGUGGCCUGCUGAACGCGCCUCCCGACAACGUCAUUCACCAGGUGAUGAAGCAACGCUUGGGCGUCACCGAGUCGAAGGAAGUCGAUGAGUUCGUUCCCAUGUCCUUCGACGACCCCGAGCAGUCGGCCCGGGCGGGUGUCGAGUGGCUUCGCAAUGCGCCGCUUUUGCCCAAGGAUGUGCGCGUCACGGGCUGGGUUCACGAUACCGAUACUGGUUUGGUCAAGAAGGUCGUCGAGUAG